CGACCACGGCCAGAUCGAACGGCAUACUCACGCCAACCAUGCCGCGCACUAGCACGAAGUACAGCAUCGCGGCGACGCCGCAUAAGUCGCCCAUAAAAGUUCCCUUGAACGAUGACAAACAGGAAAAGGCCAACCGCCGGCAAGCACUCCAUGAGGCCCAGAGAAACUCCAUUAGAGCAUCAGCGACACCGAACCGACGACGGGUAUCGCUCGCUGCACAGAACAGUCCGCAUACGCCCUCAAAUGACCAAGAUGGCAUGCCCGAUGUCGCCGGAACCGCCGUGACGCCCAUGAAGCGCGUAAUGCCUCUACUGGCGAACUUCGAAGAGUGGAUGAAGAUGGCAACGGACAAUAAAAUCAACGCGACCAACUCGUGGAAUUUCGCCUUGAUCGACUACUUCCACGACAUGUCAUUGCUUAAGGAAGGCGAUGGAGUCAACUUCCAGAAAGCCAGCUGCACUUUGGAUGGCUGCGUCAAGAUCUACACGAGUCGAGUGGACAGUGUCGCCACAGACACGGGCAAGUUGCUCAGCGGUCUUGCGGAGAGCGGGAACAAGAAGCGCCGCGGAGGGGAGGCGGAGGAAGAUGGGGAGGACGAAGAUGGAGAAGACGGUGAGGAUGGGCAAAAGAAGCGAAAGAAGCGCGCCGCGCGAUCGGCAGAAGCAACACUUGCGACAUCGUUCGCACAGCUGCAGAACAAGAAAAUGGAGCUAGAACUCUCAGUCGACCCUCUUUUCAAGAAAGCCUCCGCAGAUUUCGACGAAGGCGGCGCCAAAGGACUCCUCCUCAACCACUUAGCAAUCGAUGCAAAAGGACGAAUUGUCUUCGAUAGCAGCGACGACGCCAACGAUGCGACCGCUAGCGACUCAAGAGCCACUCCUGCGCCGGAGGAGGCUGCCAAUUCGCAAGGAGAGAAAGACGAGCCAGAAGAGGAAUCAUCUGAUGUUGAGGUAGAUAUCUCCGGACUCGCCGCGAAGUAUUUCCCCGACCUUGGGCGAUUAGACGAGCAAGACGUGUGCCCGUCAAUGAAGACUUUCGAGCUGGGCGAUGCGAGCGGAUCCAUGGACCUACCCUUCCUCAAGGCUCCGGAAGACUGGCGGCAGGACCAAGACAAUGAGGGCGAUGAAGAUGCCGGCAAUCGAUCUGGACUGUUGCUCGAUGAGGACAACGCUUUGGGCUUUGACGAUGACGAUGACAUCAAUAUGGGGGGAUUCGAUCUACCUCCCGAGACUGGCUUUGGUGAAGGCGGCGAAGUCUGGGCCAGAGAAGCCGCACGCGACCCCCAAGCACGUGUCCAUACCAUUGGUAUGGGAGCUGGAGACGAAGAGGUUGGCGAAGGUGGUGACGGAGCUCUUGGCGCGGACGAACGACAAUAUGGCCUCUCGUUAACUCAUGGCCGCGGCGACGAGCAAGAAAACAUCCUCAGCUAUUUCGAUCAGGCUUUGAAGAAAAACUGGGCCGGUCCCGAACAUUGGCGCAUCCGGCGGAUCAAAGACAUCGGGAAAGCUCCCCCCACUACGAAGCGCAAGGAAAAGGAACCCUUCAAGAUCGAGUUUGCAGCGCCGAUGAGCCAGUCUCUCGCAGACAUGCUCUACACGCCGGCUACCUCUAACUCUACCAUAUCAUUACCAAAAGCACAGUGGAAAUCGAAGACACGAAACCUACUACCCGACGACAAGCACUUCAAUUCGAGGCAACUGCUACGACUCUUCCUGAAGCCCAAGGCUCGUAUGGGCUCUCGGAGAGAUAGUAGACGACCCCAGCAGCAGAAGCCUGAUGAUAGGGCUAACGGCGAAAUCGACGAAGCUUACUGGGCCAGGAGAGAGAACGAGGAGAAUGCGCUGGCGGAGGAGGAAGGAGCUCAAGGCAACUACGAUGCGGACUUCUUCCAGGACGAUGGCUUGCCCCUUCCUGGCGGACCAUUGGACGAUGAUGACGACGCUUUCGCCGAUGCUCGCGAUCACUUCUCACCCCCAGCCGAGGACGCACCUGGAGGUCCGGGACAAAUGCAGCCCCUAGACGGUGCUGUUGUGGGCACCGGGGAAGGCGCCUUUGGAACCCAGCUAGUCACACAGAGUCGAAGAUUCCGACCGGAAUACGUGCAAUAUGCGCGAGUUGCUAAGAAGGUAGAUGUGAAGCGGCUGAAAGAUGAGCUAUGGAGAGGCAUAGGAUUCGAAGAGAUCAAUGCACCUCCGGCCGCGGACGCAAUUGACGAUGCUGCAUCGAAAGCGGUCGACGGCUCUCUGAAGUUCACCCAAGUGAUGAAUGGCCUGCAAACAGUAUAUCCCAAGCAGGCGAUGGCAGAUAUCUCGACAUCCUACUGUUUCAUCUGCCUACUGCAUCUGGCGAAUGAAAAAGGCCUCAUUAUCAAUAACCAGGAAAACUUUGAAGACUUGACGAUCCGGAGAGAUUUCACUGCGGACCUCAGUGUCGGCCACGAGUAGUGUAUGGCGGCAUGCGUUAGUCAAGGGUGGCAUGUGGGGAACAUGCGUGUUGGAUUUUGGCGUUUCGGUUAGGUUGCAUAGGCCUCGUAACGUGUAAAUGAUCUUCAGAAAUCAGGAUUCUUG